AUGAUAGUACAGUUCGGAUAUGUGGUUUUGUUGAUCGCUUGUGUCAGUGUUCGUUGCGAACAGGAUGAGAAGCCUAAAACACAUGUUGCAAUCAUUGGAGCAGGUAUUGGAGGUACAUCUGCAGGCUAUUGGUUGAAACAUUAUCUGAAUGAUUCUGUUGCAAUUACAAUCUAUGAAUCCGGUCAAGCUGGAGGUAGAUUGAAAACGGUGAAUAUUGAUGGAAAUGAAUAUGAAGCUGGUGGAUCGAUUAUACAUGAUAAAAAUUUGUACAUGAAACGAUUUACUGAUGAGUUGGGUUUAAAGCGAUUGAAUGUUCCAAGUUCGAUGUCGUAUUUAACAACGAACGAUGGCUCGCACACAUUAUUUUCCACGUUGUCUCGUUUCAUUCCCGAUAUAUUUCUUAUCUUAUGGCGUUACGGUUUUGACGCCGUGCGUUUGAAGUUCUGGCUUGGAAAUAAACUCACAAAUUUUGUUCGUAUAUAUGACUAUCAGGAUAAUGGACGAACAUUUCAAACUGUUGAUGAAUUUUUACAAAUGCUUGAUCAAGAUUUUUCCAAGUCGACACAAACGUCAUUUCGAAAAUAUCUAAAUGAAAAAGGCUUUGGAAAGCUAUUCAUCGACGAACUUGCUCAAAUGGCGGCGCUUGUUAACUACGAUCAAUCAGUCGACUCAAUGAAUGCUUUUCCAGGUCUUGUUUCUCUAAUGGCUGCUGGCUCAACGUUAUGGCAUGUCAAAGGUGGUAAUUAUCUUGUUCCGAAACAAUUACUUGAUCGUCUUUUGAAACAAUCUGACGUUCAGUAUGUAAAUGGUCGUGUAAAAAGUAUUGCAGAAGUUCAUCGUAAGGACGCCGAUGAUCAAGGUGGCAAUGUUCGUCUUUCGUAUCAACCAGCUAAUAGUGAACUUGUUCACGCUGUUGACUAUGAUUAUGUCAUUGUUGCUUUUCCACUUCACCGCGACAACAGGAACGAUUUUGUCAUACAAACAACUGACCUAUUCAAUCAAUAUGAUUAUCGCAUGCAAUUGACACACGCAAGUUUCCUCUCCGGCAAGCUCAAUUGUCAAAUAUAUAAUUUAACUACGCGUGAGUGUCAACGAUUAAAUGCAAUUUUCUAUACGAAUCCAUCGUUACCAUAUCGAUCUGUUUCUCAACUACAAACUGUCAACGAUGCUAAAGGAAAAUUGCAGAAAACCGUUUACAAAGUCUUUUCGCCCGAAAAACUUUCAACUACCGAUUACAAACGCAUAUUCGAAGAUGAUGACAAAUUCCAGUUACUCGAAGAUAUACCUUGGUUAGCUUAUCCGAAAUAUGAUUAUCCACAGAAAGUUCCGCCGAUUGAGAUCAAUUCGAACACAUUCUAUGUCAAUGCAAUGGAAUGGAGUGCGUCGUGUAUGGAAAUCGAAGCGAUCAGCGCUCGCAAUGUUGCUAUGCUCAUUACGAAAAAACUCGGAGUUCCGCUCAAACGAAGUGAUAAACAUGUUGAAUUUUGA